GUCAAUUGUGUUGCCCGAGUAUAAUUGGAGCUCCUGCACUAUUGUAGUUGAGACUUGGAAUGGAUCUGAGACUCUUCUUGCACCAUAAAUGCGAGCACAUCUCUCACGCCAAAUAUAUGCACAACACAUCGUCCAUAACAAUCUGCCAAUCUUAGCUUUCGAUCUUGUACCUGACCAUCUUUGCGUCACCCAGAUCAACUGAGAACACCAGUCCUGGAAAGGAGGCCACCUGCAGACCUUCCUUAACACUGUCUGGAAAAUCUCAGUGCUAUAAGAACACAAAGAGAAUAGGUGAUCUCGACUUUCAAAACCACCAGGACAAAGCACACAACAACUCUCACCUGCUAACCCCCAACUUUCAAGCUUGUCUUUCGUUACAAUUCUAUCCAAAAUUAUCAACCAUACCAGCAGACUAUGCUUUGGGAUAAAAGGCUUACCCUACAAAAUAGGACACCACUCAAUAGUGGGGGAUGGGACACGAAUGGAAGACCAUAUCAACUUAACAGAAUAUUUAAUCAGUGAGUGCCCAUCCCAAGCAAGAGUAUUACCUGCCCCAGAGAUAUGAGACUGAGCAAUCCCUCUGCACUUGAGUAUUUUCUUCCAAAACCACAUGUGAUAUAUUUAUAAAAGAUUCAAAAUUCGAAACAAGCUCUUCUCAUGAAACCGAAUUGAUCUAUUUUGGGGCUUAACAAUUUCAAUUAACAAAAAACCAUUAAGAUUUCUUAAUAGUUCGGUUUGGUUUCAAGAAACCAAAAAACAAAUGUAUGUGCAUGGGUGUUUGUGUAUUGAUGCUUCGCUUUCUUAUCGAUUUUUUAUUUUAACCAGACUGGAACUGGUAAGUGCAUACAGUUUGAGACCUAUACCAAAAAUCGACAAGAAAACCUUAUGAUUCAGUUUUGGUUCAAACUGAAACUGAAAUAUCAACCCUACAUACAACACAUUUGACAUAUUCGUACAAAUUAUUUGGAGUUUUUACAUUUAGUACGUGUUGCAUAUAUUCUUAACAGGUGUUGUGAAUAUUUUUAAUAAGUAUUAUGAACACUCUCACUGAAUAUAGAUUGUGAAUAGUCUUGAUGAGUGUCAUGAAUACACAUACUAUAUUGUAUCUAUAUUAUUCGUAGAAACUUUACGAAACACAUAUUUGAAAUAUAUCGAAAAUAAUCUUAUUAGAUGACAAUAGAGUCGCAGGGAGCAAUAACUUUCCACAAGUAACUCCAAAAUUGCAAUGACAUAAUCUUUCGGUUCUGCCCACAAGUCGUUGAAGGGAAAUGAUUCUCAUAUAUAUGACCUAUGAAAGAAAAACUGAAUUUUUAUUUGACGCCCUAAAUUUUCAAAUUUAUCACCCUAAACUAUAAUGACCGAACAAUUUUUCCCAUGACAAAAAAACCCUGCCAGCCUUCCAGGUAAGGUUAAUGCGAGGCAAACGGACUAGCUAGUGAGGUUGAGCCCGAUCUGGGUAUAUAAAGGAGGUUGAGCCAAAGGAGAAAAAGGGAGAGACCUUGUGUGAGAAACUUCUUCUUCUUCUUCUUCAGAUUUCUAGACUAGAUAGUGUUUCCUAGCAGCCUAGCUUAGAAAUAUUAACAUUAUUGUGACCUCCUUCACUCUUGGGCUCUAAAGAACUUGAUUAAUGCAGAAUGGUAGAAAGAAGGUAAAUGGUGAAUGAUGGUAACUAUGUUGGGUUUGGAACUGUGGGACCUUGUAUUGAAUACUUCCAUCACGGCACCACCUAAAAGGCAUUUUUCCCAUGUCCAAGACCCUAGCCAGUCAUCUGAAUCCGUGUCUAAGACCUCCUGACUAGUUAGUGGUGAAGAGAUGUUAGGAAUUGAGAGAGUAAGCAUGCACAUUUUUUGCAUCAAAUUGUCCUGACCCCAUUGGUCGAGAGUGAGCGAUUCAUUUCCUUAUAUUCUUUACGUUCUUUACCCCGGUGAGGAUCUAGAUUGCUCGGUCUUGAUUCUGAUGUCUUGAAUUUUAUGCAUGAGGUGACUGUCUUGAAUAAGUGGUUGAUUCAAGUCUAAGUUGGUUGGUGAACAGAAGGGUGACUCUUCCUUUAACCAAUUUUGCUGCACUCGAAUGUCAUCUAUGGUGGUUUUCUAGGUUGCUAUUGAUGUUCUUCAUGUAUUGAUGUCUAAAAGCUAGUAUGAUUCACGUGUUUUGUGCCUAUAUGAUGUGUCCCCAAGUUUGCAUGAUGAAAUUGUUUUGAGCUUACCUUGUAUUUGACUUGGUUUGCUUGGGGACAAGCAAACACUUAAGUGUGAGGGAAUUUGAUAACGUUAUAUUUUCACAUGUUUGCACCCUUAUAUCUUAACCAUUUUGGCUCAAUUUUGUUGAUCCUUGGUCUAUUUUACGCUAGGUUGUGCUAUUUUGUCAUAUUUCAGGUCCUAGCGGGUAUACGAAGGUUUAGACGCAAGUUUUAGGUCAUUUGGAGAUCAUUUGGCGAUUCUGGAGAUGAAAUACGGGCAAGCAAGGAGAAAAGCACGACCGUGCUUUUCAUCAUCUUGCCAGUGCUUUUACUGAUGAGAGCCAACCAUGAAGAGUGCUGAAGAAAAGCAAAGCACGGGUAGCCCAUGAGAAAAGCACGAUCGUGCUUAGUUAAACACCGCCAGUGCUUUACCCAGACUUGCCUGUGUUUCUCCCACUUUGCACUAAGUGAAAUGCUCGUUUUGGGCAAAGCACGGUCAAGGGAAAAUCACGACCGUGCUUCUGCCCGUAAUUCGCCCAGAAGGGGAUAUGACUUUUUGAAGCAAAAACAGAGUUCUAGAGAGAAAGUGCGAAGAACAAACCCUAGGAGCUAUUUUGGAGUGGAUUUCUCACCAUUGAAGCCCAAAUUGCAUCCUCAGGAGUGAAGAUCGACACCUAGAGCAGAUUAUUCCCAUCUUUAUGAGUAUGAGUGCUUUGAAUUUUGUUUUCCUCUCUCUUUCUCUAUACGAAGUAGACCUUUCUCUCACUUGGGUAUGAAGAACCCUAGUUCCAUGUGUUAGGGAUUUGAGCUGUAAUGACUUUUGGAUUGAUAUACUGUUUGAUUAUAAUUGAUUGAAGUGUGUUUAUUGAGUCAAUUGAACCCUGAUCAAAUUCUCUUGAUUUCUACUGCAACCUGAGAUAGAUAGAAUCUGAUUAGGUUGUUAGAGCUUCUUCAAUUGAGAGGAGUGGAUUGAUUAUACGAGAGUUAGUCAAUCCAUUGCUUUGUACUGGAAUCCAAUUCCAGUAGUGGAGUUCUGUGUUAACUGCCUUAGCUUUCUACUGGAUUUGAGUUGUAAUGACUUUUGGAUUGAUAUACUGUUUGAUUAUAAUUGAUUGAAGUGUGUUUAUUGAGCCAAUUGAACCCUGAUCAAAUUCUCUUGAUUUCUGCUGCAACCUGAGAUAGAUAGAAUCUGAUUAGGUUGUUAGAGCUUCUUCAGUUGAUAGGAGUGAAUUGAUUAUACGAGAGUUAGUCAAUCCAUUGCUUUGUACUGAAAUCCAAUUCCAGUAGUGGAGUUCUGUGUUAACUGCCUUAGCUUUCUAUCCCGGUGAAGACUAGUCGUCUGCCGAUUAGUCUGUCUAAGAGGACUUGGUCAGCUUAAGAGAUUCCAAGCUACUGUCGGAUCUUCCGAAGUUUAAUCAACAGUAAAUCAACCUAAGGAAAUGACAACUUGGACCUAACUAAGGAGCUAGGGGGACUCAUUCCCGAGUGACUCUUCUCUUGCUUAAGGAAACCGGACAAUUUACUGCUUUUUUCUGCUUUAGUUUAAACUCAUCCUCACUAAACUUUCCCCGCUAGAUAAUAAAUAAUCACGGAGUAGGCAGUACAUUACAUCUAGUCCCUGGCUUGACAUUUAUUACAUGAUUCCACUAUACUACAUAUCCAUUCCGCAAUUACACUUGGUCGCAGUUGGUGUUGUGUUUUAGCAUGUCAGUAUCCAUGGGUUUUUGUGGUAAGAAAUUUACAAUUACAAGUUCCUAUGAAAAUAAAAGUCAAACAUCAAUUUCCCCAUACAAAUUAUCCAUAUAUAAAACACCAGUCUAAAAAAUUCAAACAAAUCACAAAUUGUUCAUACAAAUUGUUCAACAUCAAUAUAGAAAAUUCAAGAAAAAUCAAGCAUGUUGUGUUCAACUUCUAGAAAAUUAAACACACAAUUCUUUAUUUUUCGUUCAUUCCCUUUUUGUUUGUGAGAGAGCAGCAAACCAACAAACAUGAUAUGUUCAACUUCAAUUAUUAAUUUAUCCCUCCAACUUCUUUUGAGAAAAACGGGACAAUACCUUGCUGGUAAGAAAUAAAACACGGUCAACUUUAUGGGAAAAACAGGGAAGGAUUGGGAAGUAGGAUCGGGGAGGAGAGGGGGGUUUUGGGGGAGAGACCAUAAUAGGGAUUGGGGAGGCGGCAAGUGAGUCAUGAGUGUCGUGAGAGUUAGAUUGGGGAAAAUUAGACUUAGGAUAGGGUUUAGGGAGAGUAGGGCAGCGACGGAAUAAGUGUGCACGGGUAUACAUGGGUCGGAUAUCCCUAAACCCAAACCCAACCCUACCCGAUGAACAGUGUACGGGUUUAAACCCAUAUCCGAACCAAUACCAGUUAACACAGGGUUUACCCACAUUGACCGGAUUGGAUCGGAUAGGGUACCCGUGGGUUCGAAUUUGUUGCCAUCCCUAGUCAUAUUUGGCCCUUAAAAAUAACAUGUCUGCUUAGGUUAACUAUUGAAUUAGGUGUAAAUAAAGUAGGUUAAUUGCAUUGCAUGCCACUUUAGUUUUAGUCCGGUUGUAUGUUGCCCGCUUAAGUAAUUUUGGUUGGAACUAAAGCACUCAAGUCUCAUUUUCGUCACAUUGUUGUCUUUUUCGUCCAAAAACUGAAAUGCGGGUAUGAAAAGAUAAUUUAACCAUAUAUGAGGAAAAUCUAACUCAACCUUAAUUGUUGCGUCAUCAAAGUAGAAGCUAAACCUGGAGGAAAAAAAGUCUCAUGUUCUGAUAUUGAAGAUGAGUAUUGCUUCAGACCUGCUCGUCUCAUCCUGCCUCAUUCUUAGCCCUUUCGAUCAUAAUUUGCAUCAAUAUCGGCAUGUGUUGCUUCUCUUUUGACCUUUCUAAAAUUAUAUUUUCAUCACAAAGAAAUUUCAAGACUCCAUCUUUCAAGUGUUUGAACUCAAUUAUUCCUUCUUUUAUAGAUCUCAUUCAUCUAUGAAGUGUUUUCUCUGUAUCUUCUUGUAAAAGAGUUAAAAAUCAACGUUCUUUUUCAAAUAACAUAUGAGAAUGGGUCAACCCGUCUCGCCUUGUACCCGCUCAAAUAUUACUCGACCUAACCUGCAUGUAGUAGUGGCGGACAUGGGUAUUGAAGUAUUGGCCCGCCCUAUUGCCAUCCUUACACACCCGACGUCAUUUUCAUUACGCUACCAUAAGAGCAUCCACAUCAAUGCAAUUGCAAAAUCAAUUGCAUAUGAUUUUCUUAAUGCCAUAUCAAACUUUAUGUAAUCAAACUCAGUCUUAUUUUACUGCACGAGGGUUUAAGUGACUUUAUAAUAAUAAAUCUAGAGAGAGAAAAUAAAUUAUUGUACUAUUAUUUUCCUGUGUGGUUUGAUUAAUUUAUUUCGUUUAAUGAAAAAUUGCAUCUUUGCAAGUGCCCACUAAAUUGAUGCAAUCCCAUUUGCAAUUGCAUAUUGAGUGUCAUGUACGAGCAUCCACGUCAAUGCAAUUGCACAAUAAAUUGCAUAUGUGGUUCUAUAAACAUCUAAUCAAAUUUUGCAAUUCAACUCAUUUGGAUUUCAUUGUCCUAUAUCACUACAAUUCAUUUGCAAUUGCAUAUAAAAAUAUAAUUUAUUUAAAAUAUAUUUUAAUUUAUUUAAAUGACAAAAAAGUCGGACCUGACGCACCAUCCAUCAACGUUGGCAUGGCAAACAGGCUUUCAUUAUAUGAAAGCUUGCAUCAGUUACACCACUUCCCACAUCAAUGAAAUUAAGUUUGCCAUUGCAAACCUCCAAUCCACGUAAGAAUGCAAUUGGGAAAAUAGAGACGAUGGGGAUGCUCUAAGAAAUAAAAUUGAGAAAAUACCAUUGAUGUGGAUGCGCUAAGAAAUCCUAGAUAAUUGUACAUGUGAUUCGGGCUCAUUGUACACUUUUUACCCCCGGUUUGGUUAGUCGUUUGAAGCAUUUUUACUCUAGGAGGUUUGGUUUUAUGCCGGAUUUUGCCUUGUUUUGGUGUUUUUCAUACUUUGGCAGGUGAAACCAACCCCGAAGUCGAAAGUUGGUUGAAAGGCCGAAAAAUCAAUUCAAACGGUGGAAGCAGAAACAAAUAACAGUUUGGGCCGUGUGUUCACGGUCACUACGACCGUGAACUGGAGGCGCUACCCGUGAACAGCCAUGCAUCCAGAGCACAAACACCUUUCACUGGACACAAGUCAGUUCACGGUCGUAAGACCGUGAACUCAGGCCAUUGUCGUGAACUGGUAUUAGUGAUGCGGUGAGUUUCGACUUGAGAUCACGGUCCCGGCUUGAAGUUUACGGCCGUGAACUAAGACCGUGAACUGAGCCCGAUCUGAGUAUAUAAAGGAGGUUGAGCCAAAGAAGAAAAGGGAGAGAGACCUGGUGUGAGAAACUUGUUCUUCUCAGAUUUCUAGAGUGAGAAAGUGACAAACCAAAAAAGAGGAGAAGCUAGGGUUUCAUCUUCAAGCAAGGAUUUAGGAAUUCCUACCCCAAAGGAGGAUCUCUUCAACACAAGUAGCAAGGCUAACAUCUCCUUGAUUUUAUGUAUCAACAUCGCUUAAAGUUUUAAAAUAAAAGCCAAAUACACUUGUAUAGCCAAAACUUUGACAGUUUGGUCAAAUAUAGCCACUUUUAGCGAAAUACCAAAAAUAGCCACUUCCGUCCAAUUGUUUGACGGUGUCAAGUAACAGGCUGACUGGACUAACGAUAUUGCUGAGUUGGCAACCGUUAGUCAAUUAAAAAUGUGAGGUGGAAACUAAAAAUAAAUAUAAAUAAAUAUUUUUUAUUUUCUCUCCAUCUCUCUUCUUCCCCAUCUCUCGAUUCUUCCAUCACCGCUGGAGAUCGCCAUUUACAGAAUCUCCGAACUCGCCAUUAAGAUAGAGGAUGAUACUCGAGCCGAGGGAGAAGGAAAAGAUUCUGCUUCUGUCUUCCACCUCCCAGAGUUCCCGUUCCACCGCCGGUGCUCCCUCGGGUCAAUCAAUCGAAGGGCAUCAAUUUCCUCUCGUCGCUGCAAAUAUGGGUUUCGGAAGAUGGAUCUUGAGAGCGUCAAUUCUGGGUUUCAAUCGAGAAGAUGAAGUCAGGAAAACAGAAGAUGAAGUCUGGCUUUCAAUCGAAGAAGAUGAAAAAAAAAACCACCACCCCGAUCCCCCUUACCUCCUUCGCCCUUCGUCUCCCCCCAACCUUCUACCUCCUCCGCCUUGUACCCCCACCCCCACCUCCUCUGCCAUUCAUCUCCAUCAUCCCUCCGCCCCCAAUCCCUACCACAAUCCCCCUCUGCCUCUUUUGCCCUUCAUCUUCCUCAACCUCGGCCCACAAUCCCACACUUGGUCAGUACUGGAACAAGCCCGACGAACCCGUUUCCUCCGAUGGCAGCGUUGCUUCUGAUAAAACCGAGGAUCUCGGUGCGGGAAUUGAGGCGGUUGUUGAGCUCGAAGAUCUGGGCGAAAAGGAUGGAGGAUCUCACUCGAAUUCCUGGCGGCGGAGGAUGAAUAGUUCCUGGCGACGGCGGCGGCGCAGGGGAAUCGGUGAGAGAUGAAUGGAUGUCGAUGGAUUGGGUGGAUUGAAUUUGGUUUUGUGAAUUGAUGAUUUUUGUUUUGCAGAUUCAUGGUGGGUUUGAAUGAAGGAAUCGAACAGAAAAUGAAAGAGUUUUGGUCGACGACAGGGGAAACAAGGAUGGAGGACGGUGAGGGGAAGCAGGGCAAUUAUUUUGAUUUUUUUUUAUAAAUAAAUUUUUGUUAAUAAAUUAAUUAAAUAUUUUAAAAUAUGACGUGUCAGGUGUAUGUGGCAAGUAUUGGUGAGUUGUCAAUGAUGUGUCAGGUGAGUUGGCAGCCAGAUCAUCGUUCCGUUAAUUUGACUAACGGUGUCAUUGAUGCCGUCAAACUAUGUAACGGAAAUGGCUAUUAUUGUCAUCAAACUUUCAAAUUUCUGGCUAUUAUUGGUAUUUAUCCAAAAAUGGCUAUUAUUGUCACAACUGUCAAAGUUUUGGCUAUACAAGUGUAUUUGGCCUAAAAUAAAAGAGAUAGUUAAUU